GCCCGCCCCACCGGAAGGGGGAAAAGUGGGGGCCCUUAUCGGGCGCAUAUGUCCGUGGAUGGCUGCUCUGUAGUGCCUCCUUCACGCCCUCUUCCCUCAUUCUCUCCUGUUGCCCGCCCGCCUCCACUCCGAUAUUCACGCGCAAAAACGCCCCCAUGCCUCCCGCUCGGCGCCUCUCGGCCUUCGGAUCGGACUCCGACGAUGACGAUAGCGACCACCAUGCCGGGGCCGGUGACACCCUCUUCGGGCUGGACGCCGGCGCCAGCGGGCCGCCUGCUGAUGCGGCCAAUGCCGGCGAUGCGGAGGCCGAUGUGCCGGAGGAAGACCCUCUGGAUGCGUUCAUGAGGCAAAAUGAGGCCGCUCUCACGUCCUCCAAGCCGCCGCCGCUGCCGCCCCGGCGCGGCCGGUCACUCCUGGAUAGUGACACCGACGGCGAGGGAGGCCCCCCGGAAGGGGGGGAUCCCCAGUCGACGAAUGUCCGGUCGGACGCGAACAACAGCGAGGAGGAGGAGGACCCGUUGGAUGCCUUCAUGAAAGCCAACGACGCGAAUUUGGCCUCGGCCUUUUCCAACACCCGCGGGACAUUGAUGGACGAUCUGUCGGUCCGCGGGGGCAGCGGCGGCCCGGGCCCGGCAGCCAAGAAGCGCCGCACCGGGUCUCACGCUGAUCAGGCAAAUGACUUCCUGCAGGAUGACAGCGAGCUGGAGCGCGAGCUGGCCGCCGAGCGCGGGGCUCUUCGCCGGGCAGACAAUGUCGAUCGGCUGUGUGACAUCGAGUCGCCGGAGGAUCUGCCCACCGGCGGGCCCCCCGGCCCUGGCAAGCGCGAUGUUUUGCCCUUGCCGCCGCCGCCGGACUUCAGUCGGUUUGCCUUCAGCCCGCUGGUCCGGCGGUUGCUGCCUGAAGGCCAUGCAACCCUGCGGCAGGCGGCCGACGCCUCGACCGGCGCCGAUGCCGCGGCUGGCCCGGGCACCGGGCCCAUUCCCUCCCGGCGGACAUUCUUCCAGGCGGCUGUCGAAGCGGCCGGGGCCAUGUGCCACAUGCGGACGGCCGUUUCACGCGGGCAGACCCCGGACAUUGAGGCCGGCCGGCUGCCGAUGCCGAUUACGCGCUUUGCCGAAGUCCUGCCAGGGGCACUUGGCCAGGAGCUGGACCGGCGCUUCCCGGCCCCCGGCGGGCCGAGCCCCGUGCAAGCGGUCACCAUCCCCUGUGCGCUGACCGGGCGCGAUGUCGUGGCCCUGGCACAAACUGGCAGCGGCAAGACCAUUGCCUACCUGGCCCCGGCGGUGGCUCACUGUCUGGCCAAUCCGCUGGGCCCGGCGUCGGCCAAGGGCACCGGUGCUGGGCCCCCCCCGGGGGGCGACGACUCCGACUCCGACUCCGAAGACACCACCUUGGCCUUCAGCGAGGCCGCCGCCAAUACUGGCCGCACGUCGCACCCCCGGUGCAUCAUCCUGGUCCCGACACGCGAGUUGGUCAUCCAAAUUCAGGCCGAGGCCGCGCGCCUGGCCGGCACGAUGGGCCUGCACUCGGUGGCCAUCUAUGGUGGCGCGGAGAAGCUGGCCCAGUUGCGCACCCUGCGCCGGCUGCGUCCUGCCCUGGUUGUGGCCACCCCCGGGCGACUGAUUGACAUGGUCCGCAUGAAGGCCCUUGGCUUGGCGCACGUGUCGCUCAUUGUCCUGGACGAGGCGGAUCGCAUGCUGGAUUUGGGCUUCGAGCCGCAGGUCCGGUCGGUGUGUCAACACGCCCGUCCGGACCGGCAGAUGCUCCUGCUGUCGGCCACGGCCGGUGGUCGGCAUGUGGCCCGCCUGGUUCGGGAUCUGGUUGGAGCAGAUGCGGUGCAUGUGGCCGUGUCGGCCACCGGGGCCGACGGUGCCGCCGGCGCCCUGGCGGCCCCCAGCACGGAUGGCUUGUUUUUGGACUUGAAUGCCGACGCCCCGGAAACCGACCGCAUGGCCCUUUCCACGUCGGAUAUCAAGCAUAGCGUGGCUUGCUUCGACUCGGACCUGGCCAAGUUUGACUACUUCCUGCAUACGCUCAUGCCGUUCCUCAUGUCGGAGGCCAGCUCGCUGGACCUGUAUGCCAUGCAGCAGCGGCAGCCGCAGCAGGCGCCCCUGGACCAAUCCCAGCCGCCUGGCGUGGAUUUUGACCCGCGCGUCAUUGUCUUCGGCUCGCGGGUCGGCAUCGUCAACACCAUCCACCGGUCACUGGCCGAUGCGGGCUACGCGUCCAUGCCCCUACAUGGGGAUUUGAUGCAGGGCGAGCGCGAGCGCGCGAUCCGGGCUUUCCGGCUUCGCUCUGCCUCCGGGACAUUGGCCCCCUGCCGGGUGCUGGUGGCCACAGAUGUGGCCGCCCGUGGGUUGGACAUUCCCGGUGUGACGGCGGUCGUGUCGUUCGACGCUCCAGGAGGUGGUGCUGGCACGGCGGCCGCCGUGGAUGCCUUCGUACAUCGGGUGGGCCGAACCGGCCGGGCCGGGCGCGCUGGCCGGGCCAUCAGCCUGCUGAUUCCCUCGCGUGAGGGGCGCUUUGCCACCGAGUUGGCCCGGUGGUUCCAGGCGCACAAUUCCCCCUCCGAUGGGGGAGCCUCUGGCACUCCGGAGCCCGCGGUCCCGGAAGCGCUACUGCCCUUCCUGAAUGCUGGCGCCGACGGCCCACGGCGGCGCGGCCUCGGCUACCGAGAGCGUGGCGGUCGUGGCGGCGGCCGCGGCCGUGGUGGGGACUUCCACCGCGGCGGUGGUGGUGGUGGUCAUCAUCAUCACAGCGGCCAUGGCAACACCAACAGCUACAGCCAUGGCGGCCACGGCAACAGCAAUGACUAUCAUCGCGGGGGCGGCGGCGCCAGCGGUGGGCAUCCCUCCCAUGGUGGCCCCGCCCAUCGCCCUCAGCACAACAAUCACUACCGGGAUGGUCGUGCCGGCGGAGGACCUCCAGGCCGCUGGUAGGUAAUAUCCCAGGAGUCCCCCCGCUCUCGAGAACAAUAGACCGAUUACUUUGCGCUGAAGA